AUGGAAGGUAUUUUUGUACGGCAAGCAAUUGAAGGUGCUCUCCCUCCACCUACUGGAGUAACUCCAAAUUUCGUUAACCCGCCGAGCAUUGCCAAAUACAACGUUAUCUGUCAAAUUGUUUGUAUGCCAGUGACUACCGUGUUCGUCUGCAUACGGUUGUACACAAGAUGUUUCAUCCAUAGAAAGAUCACCGGGGAUGACUUGAACCAAUAUGGCGCUGGAAUGCAUCAAUGGGACGUUCCAGCUGCAGAUAUCAAAAAGUUUGGAAAGCUGGUUUAUAUGACUCAGAUGUUAUACGGGCCGGAAGUCUUUGCUACCAAGGUCACCAUUUUGCUCCUCCUCUCUCGAGUCUUUGGCGUCAAAGAAAAUAUGUUGUGGGCAGUGCGCGUUUUAAUUGGCUUCAUGGCACUUUACUAUGUUCCUGCAACAAUAGUAAAAAUGUUCAUAUGCUGGCCUGUCGCUCAUUUCUGGGAUCCUCUAGCUAUAAAAGGCAGUUGUCUUAACGAAAAUUCAAUAUACCUCGCGGACUGUGCCAUGAGCAUUAUUAGUGAUAUCACUAUUUUGUUUCUACCAAUAUCAAUGAUUUGGAGGCUGAAAACUCGCACAAUGCGAAAGAUCGGGGUUUCGGCCGUGUUUGGCGCUGGUAUCCUAGCUUGUACUGCAAGUGUCUUGCGCCUGUAUGAAACACUUCAUCUUGGUGGUACCCUAGAUAAGACUUAUGGACUGGUGCCAAUACUCCUCUGGAGUAUCGCUGAGAUCAACAUCGGCAUCAUCUGUGGCUGCUUACCGAUCCUUCCCUCCUUUAUCAAGAAGACCUUCUCUGCGAUCCCAGAUUCCAAUGAUUCCACAGAGAACGGCAUUUAUUGCCGUAUGGAACGGAUGUCGAAACCGAAGCGCGAUAUUGAUGAUUCGAUAAUGCAAACGCAAACGAGGCCGGAAGAUUCGAAUGAAAGGCUACCAUUGGGGCAAUCUACAAUUGUACAAGUGAACUUGGGCGAUAAUACAUGGCAGGGCGGCGGUAUAAUGAAAAUGGUAGAAAUCGAUCAAAGGAUAUGA